AUGGCUGUCCACCUUGAUGUGAAUCAGAAGGACCCGGGUGUCGUGGACAGGAUGAUGAAGAAACUCCAUUUGAAUAGCGACGGGCAGCUAGACUUCCAGGAGUUCCUGAACCUCAUCGGGGGCAUCGCGGUGGCCUGCCACAACAGCCUGGUUGUUAAGACCCCUACUCCCUAG